AUGUCUCUCUUCGGAUCGUUGAUGGGCGACGUGGAGGACGAUCCGUUUUUCGGGUCCCACAUGCGUCAAAUGCGCCAGAUGAACAAUAUGAUGAACUCCUUGUUCGCGGAUCCCUUCGGCAUGUUUGGAGGCGAGGGCCCUCUUUCCAUCAUGGGUCCUCGUCAUACUAACGCCAUGAUGCCUUUCAUGCCUCAUCAGAUGCCUGCACUGAACAGACUUUUCACUGAUAUGGGUAGUGGCAACAUGCACCAUGUUCCUGGCAGCUCCUUCAGCAGCAGCACGGUCGUCAUGUCCAGCGGACCUGGCGGAAAGCCACAGGUAUACAGUUCGACCAGCAGCACAAAGAUCGGCCCAAACGGCAUCAAGGAGACAUGCAAGACAGUGCAGGAUUCUCGCACUGGCACUAAGAAAAUGGCCAUUGGUCACCACAUUGGCGAAAGGGCUCACCUGAUAGAGAGGGAGCAAAACUAUUACACAGGCGACGCCGAAGAACGGCAGGAGUUCAUCAAUCUGGAUGAGGAAGAGGCUGAGGAGUUUGACAGGGAGUUCCAAUACAAAGCCGGUAGUUCUACGGGCCGCGGUCGCCCCGCUAUACAGGGCGCGCGCCGCGAGCCACAACGCCUCGCGUUGCCAGCUCCGCCGCCUGUUGUACAAGUACCCAAUACAAGUAGUGAGGUGUCAGGGCGCCGCCCCAGCUCAGUGAGGCCUGCCUCCCGCCGUCCCAUACGGACCGCUGCCAGCCCUCUCACCUUGACCUCCAGCCCAAGCGUGCGCGAGGUAUACGGCGGGUCCCACCCGCAGCGCCAUCACCGACACAAGCAACACAAGGCGCACGCACACCGCCCCGCGCCCGCCGACAACUAG